GAUUUUCAGAUAAUUCUGAAUUGGAUGUGCAUACGAUGCAUUGAAAAACAGAGUCAUCGUUUACAGCUGACUUAUAUUUUAUUCUUAUUUGUUGUUGUGUCUUGUUCGUGUUUUACCAAGAGAUUUAAGAUCUUGUCCAUAAGUAAAUCGUUCAUCAAAUAGUAAAAAAUUGAUUAAUGAAAGAAACGUAUAAUAAACUAUCAUUGUAACGAUUACUCAGCUACUCCAAAAAAAGCAGACGACACGGUGGGAAAUCAUUUGAAUCUUCUCCGGUACCGGAUUAACCCAUUACGGUCUUCAGCAUGGUCACGUAACCUACGAUUCGCUUAUUUUCAUCAAAAAAAUAAAUGCUUUCUGCACACAAUAAAACAAGCCACUGAUAUGAUAGUAGCAGUACAGGUGAGAACAGCUGAUCGUCGUAGCAGUAGCAGCAACAGCAGCAGAAAUACGUAGCGGCGGCAGCAGUAAAUUAAAUGCGUAUAACUGCUGGAAACGGCGACGACGACGAAGACGAUGGCGACGGCCUCAUCCACCACCACCCCCGGCAGCUACAAUUUCAAGGUGGUACUUCUCGGCGAAGGUUGCGUUGGUAAAACAUCUGUCGUGCUACGUUACGUCGAGGAUAAGUUCAAUGAUAAACAUAUCUCCACCCUGCAGGCCUCUUUUUUCAAUAAAAAAGUCAAUAUUAAUGGAAAAAGAGUGAAUCUUGCUAUAUGGGACACAGCAGGUCAAGAAAAGUUCCAUGCACUAGGGCCUAUUUAUUAUAGAAUGUCCAAUGGAGCCAUAUUAGUUUAUGAUAUUACGGAUGAAGAAACUUUUAAAAAAGUGAAAAAUUGGGUAAAGGAAUUAAAAAAAAUGCUAGGCAGUGAUAUCUGUCUAGUUAUAGCUGGGAACAAAGUAGAUUUAGAGAAAGAUAGAAAUGUCACCAUUGAAGAGGCUGAAGAGUACUCAAGACAAGUCGGCGCAGUGCACUUCCAUACCUCGGCAAAGCAAAAUUUAAAUAUAGAGGAAAUGUUCCUUGAAUUGACAAAGCGUAUGAUGCAGCAUGCUGACGAGCAAGAGAAAAAAUCUUCGUUGACGAGGAACAAUAGCACCAGACGUAAUGUCGUGGUGGUCGAAGAUGAGUCUGCCGAACAAAGUCAACCUGCCAAGAGUUCAUGCUGCGGUGGUGGCAGUAGCUCGUAAUAUAACUUUCCAACAAUGCUUACCGAGGUUGUAAUAUUAUAUAUGCUUUUGCGUGCGAGAGGUAUGUUGCUUAUCGAGACGUUUGUACGAGCAAUAGAUUAUAUAGUUUCGAUGUGAACAUUUCUAUUUUUCUGUUAUUUACUAAACUUUUGAUACAAAACAACAUACUGCUGUUUUCGAUUUCAAAUAAUUAUUUCGAACUUGAUUUGAACUCGCUUUGUUGUUGGUUGUUGUUCUUAUAAAAUGCUUCAAAAAUAUUUCGAAAAGGUUAAAGUAAGCUCCCAUAAAUAUUAAAAGUUGUACAAUAUGUUAUUUCUUAUUUUCCAACAAGGCAUUUACUUUUAAGAUAUAUUUUUUCAAUUUUUAUUACUUUUUAACACUUUUGUGUGUACUAUUACAACCUUAUAUGGCAUAGGAUUUGUUUUUGAAAAUUCACUCUUAAGAAUUUUUUCUUUCAAUCCUGUGCUCAAAUGUACAUAAUUUCCAGUCACCUUUUACUAAAAAUUAAGUAGCCUACUACUUGAGGUUUACAGUGUGGAUUUGAAACACGUGUAGGAU